AUGGCUGAUCCUCAAGAACGAGAACCGUGUCCUCAUAGAAUUAUAGAUGAUCUUGGGGGUGCCUUUGCUUUUGGGGCGGUCGGAGGAGCCAUGUUCCACUCUUUCAAGGGAGCCAGAAAUGCGCCAAGAGGAGAGAGAAUGGCUGGAGCCAUCGAGGCUGUGAAAGCCAACGCCCGUCGACUUGGUGGAAGCUUUGCUGUUUGGGGAGGCUUGUUCUCUACGUUCGAUUGCUGUUUCAUCGCUAUAAGGAGCAAGGAAGAUCCCUACAACUCAAUCAUGUCCGGCUUCUGUACAGGAGCAGUCUUGGCAUCCAGAGGAGGAGCGUCGGCCGCCAUGAAGGCCGGAUUCGUCGGAGGAGUCAUCCUUGCGGUUAUCGAGGGACUCAAUGUCGCAAUCACGAGGAUCAUGAACAAUCUCCCGCAAGAGCCCGUCGGUCCUCCCCCCAAAGGCUCGGACGAUUCCCAGCAGAUUGCGGAGGAGAUCCCCUGGUGGGCCAAGUGGCUGGGGACCCCAGAACAGAAGGCCAAGGUUGACUUCUCCGACCCCAAGGAGAUGGAUGCGUCCCCCGGGUUUGCGGGAGGAAGGGAUGACUUUGCUCAAUCGGAGAAGAAAUGGUCUUCACCCCUUGAGAAUCAAGUGGACGCCAAGCAGGUCUACAUGCUGAUUCGAGGCCAUAUGUUUGCCGGCCUGCAGGAGGGAAACGUGCGGUCCAGGUUCUCAUACAUCCCGCACUCUCGCGAGUAG